CGGAAGUUAAAAUUCACAACAAAAGUUUUGCAAUUUUCUCUUUAUUUUGUAAUUCUCGUUUGAUACUAAACCAUGGGCAUUCAACAAGAGAUAGCCUGAAUGUGAUUACAGUGUAAAACUACAUGUAUAGACUAUAUAUCAAGUCAAACCUAAUUUGACUGGCGUAGCUGUGUCCAUGACAAAAUUUGACCACCAAUCAAUGUAAGAGCUGUAAUUCGACCCAUUAUUCUACAUAAGGUCGACAUGGCGACACUUAGGAGUAUACAGAAAAGACGUGUAGAUGAAUUGUUCGCUGAAGACAUACCUGAAGAUGAGGUAAUUGUUAUGAACACAGGUAGAUACUCGUGUAAGGUUUGUCAUCACAGACCUGUAUUUGACACUGUGAAUGUUCUUGCAUUACACCGUUCAAGUAAGAAACAUUUACAAAAUCUGGAACAAAAGAAAGCAGAAGAUACGGACUUAUUCAAUAUGGUAGCCAAGCGGAAACAUGAGCAGUUUAUGAAGGAUGGAACAGUUGACAUACAAAUAGCACCUGAAGUGAAACAGAGAGUCGAUAACAUAGCAGGUCAUGUAAAUAACACUGUGCAAGUGCAAGCUUAUGAUCCACGAGUCAAAAAGCCAAAAGUUAAUCGCCACCAACGUAGGCCGAAAAUAUCAGUUGAAUCUGCAUAUACUUCAAAUCAAGAUAGUUUAUCAACAGAUGUUCCAUCUACAGAACACUCAAAACCUUCCUUAUUAGGAAUGAAAUUGGCGUUAAACAUUGGAAAACAUACAGAUCCCAUAGAAGUGAACCCAUACAUAAGAAAGCAAUCGAAAAUCCAACCUCAAUCCAACCCUAGAAAAUCAAAGAGUUUUACCGAUGAAAAACCUUGCUUAUUACACAAGUUAGAAUCACUGAAAUCAAAAGCUGUGUCCGCAAAUGUGACUGACAGUGAAUCUUCAACAAGCAAAAGGCUCAAAAAAGAACCAACAAUGGCAGACCCACCUAUGAUAGUACAUAACCCUGAAACACAGAGAAAAGCUGAACAUUAUUUAAAACUGAGGGAGUCGGGUUGGAUGAAAGACAAAAGUGGAAAUUGGAUAAAAGAUGAAAAUGUAGAAUUUGACUCUGAUGAGGAAGAACCUCCAGCCACGCCAUGAUUAUCAUCAUAGAAUAUAGAGGGCCUGUCUUUUUAUAGAAUAUAGAGGCCCUGUCUUUUUAUAUAAUAUAGAGGGCCUGUCUUUUUAUAGAAUAUAGAGGGCCUGUUUUGUGUAUAAUUCUGAUCCUAAAUCAACCUAAAAUGUUUUUAUUAUUAUGUCAUCACCGCAAGUGGUGACAUAAUUGUUAUGGUCAUGA